AUGACACUCGUCGAUCAACCAGUUGAACAACCAAUUCGUACAACAGGCAAUAACUUGGUUGGCCUUUGGAGACCCGCCUUUAUCAAAGUCAAACAUCGACUUUAUGUUUUUGGUGGUGGUGGAAACACAUCGAGCGAAUUACACACACUCGAUUUAUGCGACAUGCAAUGGAGAACUAUUCACGAUGUCCAAGGUACCAAGCCAUGUAAACGUUAUGGUCACACGGCCAACCUUUGGAAUGAUAAUUGCAUCCUUAUCUUUGGUGGAUGCGAUGAACGAGCCGAGUAUUGCAACGACAUCCACGUCUAUGAUAUUGAAAAGAAUACAUGGUACCAGCCCGAGGUCCAUGGUAGUGUCGUUCCUCGUUAUCUGCAUAGUGCAACUGUGUUUCAAGACAAACUUUUCGUGUAUGGCGGUUUUGCUAGGAAAGCCACAUGCACCUAUGUAUUGGAUGAAUUGAAUGUAUUGGAUCUCAAAUCAUGGACAUGGAUGCAAUAUGACAAAGUACCACCACGCUACAACCAUUCGAGUACAUUGGUAGGUCACAAGAUGUACAUUUUUGGCGGCAAAGACGAGCAUGGCAACACUGUAUCGGACCUUUAUAUGGUCAACUUGAUGCAUGCAACAACCUAUACGCCUCAUUUGGUUCUCAGUGGUCAUGCAGCCAACACAAACAACAGCAUGAUGCUUCUCAAAAGUCAACAUUUCUGCGAAGCUGUGUGUGGCAAAUUACUUGUCUUUGGUCGAUACUUGGACUCACCACGACUCCCAUUACAACAACAACAACAACCUAUUACUACGAAUACGACGACGACGACGACGACGACGCUUCAUCAAGUGGAUCAAGCCCAUGCUGGAGGCUAUGCAUUGUGGAUGUUGGAUUUGGAUACUUUAGUAUGGCAACGGCAAGUUUGCGGUAGUCCACAUUUUAGCAUGGGUGGAUGGAAUUACUUUACCAUGAUUACAACGGCCGAUAAUGAAGAGGAGACGUCGUUAUUGAAUCAUCAUCAUUUGCUGUUUCUAGGCAACACGGAUCCAUUUCGGCCCCAAGGAUACGAUCAUUUCAGAGAUGCAUGGGUCAUUAACGCCGAGCAAUUGGGAUUGUAUGACAUCUUUGAGUAUUCAGCCUCAGAGCAUCUUGGCCAUGCGUUUGGUCACCUUUUACAAUAUCCCGAGUUAUCAGAUUGUGUGGUGGUACCUUCCACAGGCGAUGAGAUCCAUGUCCACAAAGUGAUUUUGUGUACGCGUUGGCCACAUGCCAGGACCAUGUUGAUGGAUGAUGAUCGUAUUGUAUUACCGGAAGCACAUGGCACGGUGAUGCCCCUGAUCCGGUACCUGUAUACCGACCAGCUGGAUAAAGACAACCAGGAUCCACUUGUAUUAAUCAACUUGCUCAUGGCGGCUCAUCGGUACAAAUUACCUCGGCUGAAGAAAUUAUGUUGCGAACGGCUGUAUCGGGACCAUAUGACCCUUGAGCAUUGUGGGGCCAUUUGUGAAAAAGCAAUGCAAGUCGACGAGGCAGGGUUACAAUCCCUCUCUUUGGAUUUCAUGUUUCUCAACUAUGGAGCUUUGGUAAAAUCGAAUGAUCAUGAGCAGCAAAAACAACAACAACAGUCAAGAAUGCCAGAGGCUGUAUGGAAAGCAUUCCUGGAAACGGUGCCGGAUGAGGCCACUCUGCAAAUUCACCAACAACAAACUAUUCCAUUGUCAUCAUCAGCCCACCUUGAUCAACAUGCAACAUCAUUGGCGGACCAUCAGGCCAUCACCACCACCACCAUCCAUUCCUCUUGUACUAAUUUCCCUUGCCCCCUAUUAUCAUCAUCAUCAUCCACUACUACAUGUUGCUCAUCAACUGGCAGCAAUAACCAUGCUAAUACAAUCAUUGCCAACAACAACAUGGUGAUGCCUCCUGAUGAGAAACAAAGCAAAUGA